UUAUAAAAAAUGUACUAGGAAGCAACUAUUUGAACAGUUUCAUUACAAUUCUAAUGGAACUUGUUUACACAAAUGCCAACUAUUUUGCGAUUUUCAUAACAAUUCCAACGGUACUAUUUGCAACAAAACCGUCAACACAUAAACAAGCCAGGCCACUCUAAAGAUACGCAUACACAAACCGGGAGUGCCAAACAUGUCAUAGUUGAGACAUUUUUAGUUAUAAGUUGGACAAUAAUAAUAAGUAUUUGUACAUUUAAGACCGUGUAUCCGUGCUUCUGCCAUAAUCGUGUAUAUCUAGUCAAAAGUUGUUUAUCAACUGGAUAUUUGGUAUCAGUUUGCAAUAGAUGGACUACUGGUGAAGAUAUAAAUUAUUUAUUAACUGAAAAUUUUCUUCACAUGAUUAUUUUUCAUAGUCCCCUACAGUUUCUACAAAUUAUUAAUAAUACUUCUUUUCUGCAGGUGAUGUGUUGAAGAUUGAAAUCACCAGUGUUCCCAAUUCAGUGGAGGAACUCUACUUUUUGUGUUCGGAGUGCAGCCAAGUCUUCCAGGACUAUGAAGCUUUAGAAGGACAUAACUGUGGAAGUCUUAAACAACCUACUUCAGUGGUGGAGGUUAGAGAAGAAUCUGAGCAAGAAUUGACUCGUGAAGAAGUCAGUGUGUCCAGGGAGGUUGAAAUUCACAAUGAGGAUAGGGAAAAUACUUCAAGAGAAUGUAUGAAAAAAGAGGACCAAGUUGAGAAUGAAAAUCUUGAUGGUGAUGCGAUUGAAAAUGAGGCCGAAGGAAAACCUUUGAAUGUCCAUCUCGUAACAUAUUCCUCUCUGGAAAAGCUCUUGAAAGACAAACAAGACCCUGAUUCAGACCCAAAAUGCCCUGGUUGUUUCCGUCCAUGUAGGAGCAAUUUCUUUUUAGUGCAUUACGCCUGUAGAAAUCUGAUCAGAAGAAGUGAAGACUCACUUUCAACACCUCAACACUUAUGCCCCAAGUGUGGCACUGCCUUUCGCCAUCACACCUCUUAUAUCAGGCACAUGCGAGGGUGCGGCAAGCCCAAGUCAAGAGUUCCUCUAGGAAAACCCCCCUGGAUCUGCAAGUCCUGUGGGAGAGUUUACAAAAACUACAACUCAUUCAGCAGACAUCGUGGUGAGUGCGGAGUUCCGCCGCCACACGAGUGCUCUCGCUGCCACAUGAGAUUCCGAGAAAAGAAUAAAUUGAUUAAGCACAACUUGAAGGAUCACUUUACUUGCAUGGUUUGUAACAUGCAGUUCUCACUGAAAAGAAAACUUGACUACCAUGUUGCACAUGAGCACCUUAUUUUGUAGUAACCACAACGGUACUUUCUCUCCAGUUCUCACUGAAAAGAAAACUUGACUACCAUGUUGCACAUGAGCACCUUAUUUUGUAGUAACCACAACGGUACUUUCUUUCAAGAUAAUGUUUUUGUCUGCUAAAAACUGUUAUAGGGUUUUGAUUAUUUUAUGAUUUCUUUGUAUGUAUAAUUAUGUCAUGAUAAUCUAUAAUUAUUUAAUGUUUUACUUUCUAUUUUUUUUCUCAUAUAUAGUGUUGGAAAAAGCAUUGUGAUGGUAUAAAAAGUUUAAUUUUAGUUAUAAUCUUUUUUAUUUUACUAGUGGUAAUAACCAUUUUGAUUAAAUUUGCAUUGGUCAGAAUAACAAAUCCCACUACUAUUAUAAAUGCGAAAGUUUGAAUGUUUGGAUAUUUGGAUGUUUGUAUGUUUAGAUGUUUGGAGGUUUGUCCUCGAAUCACACUGAAACUGCUAUACGGAUUGUGCUGAAAUUUGGAACAGGUAUAGCUUUUGCUCUGAAUUAGCACUUAGAGUACUUUUUACCACCCAUAACACAUUCAUUUCACCAAAUAAAGUCGAAUUCAAAUUGAAAAAUUAGUUUGUUUACAUUCGAAUGUUAUGAUAUAGGAGUGUUUUACAUUGGAUCCGGCAGAUUACGC